AUGGACAUAGGCACUAAUGAACUCACACGUCCAUUUCGAAUUCCAAGACGGAGAGCUGGUGAAAACAGUAUAGCGGAUGGUAUACCGGAUAAGGCAAAACGACUUCGUUUAGGAGGUCAUUCAGAUUCACGUUCUCCACUUGCUUCGACGUCUUCGGUUCGCAAGAAUGAUUCAGCAUUUUCUAGUCGCAUCGUUCCGCCCACCAAGAAGAAGACUACACAGGACCACCAGCAAACUUCUACACAUUCAAGAAAAUCGAAACCUGGCGAACUUUUUGAUCGGAUAUUAGAUUCUAUGGUGAAUCCUCCUAAGGAACGGAAAAAAGAUGCGCCCCAAGAUGAUGUCGAUGAAGCAGGCCCAAGUGGUGUGAUGGCUAACGUCAGUAGUAGCCCACCUAAACGGAGUACUUCUGGACUUACACGUGAAGAUUUGGAACGUCAUCAGAAUGAUGAUUCGUCAUGUUAUGCUUUUAUGCAACGAGAGGGAUUAAUGGAACGUUUGCUCGGACAUAAAAUGCUUACGGGUCGUGUAGAUUCUCACGUUGUCCUCGGUUUCUUACCAUUUGAUUCCAAAGAUAAUUUGCCAUCUAGAAAUCGCAAAAAUUCAAGCAGUAAAGUGGAUGAUUUUCCAACCGUAUGUGAACCGCCACCUGUUGGUAUUGUAAAUGAGGAAAGACGGGGACCAAAAACACCACCCGGUUCACCCGGGCAUGACGCUAAUUCAUCGAUGCUUUCUUCACGAGGUGUCGGCUCAGCAUCACCUUCCAGUCCUCCGCCUCCUCCUCCUGCCGAUGAAACUGUUGCUUUAUCAGGGGAGGGUAGUAAACUAAAAGUGGAGGAAACGCCUGAUUUGAUAGCUGAAAUGGCAGAACUUACAAAACUUCCACACAAUAAGCUGGCAGAAUGUUUGGGUGAAGAGUUGCAGAAAGCGAUGAAACAGGUUGAUCACAAAGUUUUGCUAGAAACACUGAAAGAUGCAUUGCUAAAGGUUGGCAAGAAAAACGACGACCAGCAAGAUGAGCAAAAUCAGAUAUCCUCCAAAGAAGACAUGCAGAUGUAUCCAGUAGAAAUGGAUCUGGAAAGUAACAAAAGUGUUAGUGGGAACGGUGUCUUACUACCACCUCCACCACCUGCACCUAUGACACCGCCAUCGCCGAACAUGGUUCCAGCUUUGCCUGUUGGACUUUCUACUACUCCGGUAGUGAUGGCGCCCACUGUUUUGCCAACACCACCACCUCCACCACCUCCACCAUUGGUUAUGCUGCAUCCUGGUACUGCGUCUCAAGUUCUUGUCAGUACGUCUGCAACAGGAAAUGCGCCAUCCCUAUAUCCAUAUUUUCCUCCACCUCCACCUCACCGGCUUUCUGUUGAUCAAGGUAUCAGCCCGUCUACUGUUGCUGGACCUCAAACAUCUGCUGCAUCCGUUAUUUUCGCUGGUGUACCAUAUGCUGCUAACCUUGUUGCAACUUCAUCGUUAGCAGUACCAACAAUGCCAUCCUUGAAUCUUGCAUCACAUGCACCAACGGCAACAGCGCAACCUGCAGGAAUGAUGAGCGCAUUGCAGAAUAUUCCUACAACACUAUCCCAUAUUGCUGCUACUCCUGCUUCUGCUGUUGCAUCCUAUGCUAAUCAAACUCUAGCAUUUCCAUUGUACCCUGGCCCAUCUUCUCAGCAAUUACCACCAGCCUCAGGCGCGUUUGUAGCUGGCAAUCAUUAUCCACCAGUGACGCUUGCACAUAGCAGUCACUAUAGCUCAGCGAACAUUAAUGUUAGUAAUAACAGCUCAACAAUAAAAGUCAGUAAUCACCCAACUAUUAUGCUACCACCAACAGUGUUGCAUCCGUAUGCCAGUGCUACAAAUUACAAUAUCUCCAAUACUUCGAUAGCAUCAUAUUCGGUACCUACUACGUCCUGCGUGUCCACGACAGCCGGCAGCUCUCUGACAACAGCAACAGUUUCGUCCUUGCAACAACUGCACCAGCAAACCUCUAAACCUUUGGUGUUAUCAAACUCAUCGUUUGGUUGCGUAUCGCAUCAGACUGGAACUAAUACCUGUUCAACUGCAAACAGCAAUUGCAAUUUUUCCGAAUUGAGAACAUCGCAAAAUUCAUAUCACUCACAGUACCAGACUACAAACUAUUCUCCACCACUUCAACAUCAUCAGCAAAAGCAACAUCAAAAUCCUAAUCUUCCAGGAACCUCAUCAGAUGCCACUGCCGGUACCAGCACCUUCGCUACACAACAUCAAUUACAGCCGGAUGAAAAAUCUUUUUCCACGAAUUUCUCACGUCUACCAUCUCUUCAGAUGCAGACUUCGCUGGAAUCCCUACCGACAUCAAACAGUGCAACAUUCAACGGUGGCGAAGCAGGUUCAUCGCGGUUCCUUUCAUCUGGUGCUGUGAAAGAAUCUGUUUCGAUUAGUGCUGCUAUAGCAUCUGGCUACAAUUCUGACCGCUCAUUACCUGGAGGGACUGUCAAUAGCGCAUCGGCAAAUUUUGGCAGCUCGAAAUCAUCCGAUGAACCGGUUUCAGUGCCAUCCAGUCAAAAUGUUAUCAAAACAUUACUUUCUGCUUUAUCCAUUCCGCAGAGCAGUGAUAGUGUUGCCGCUACCACUGGCGGUGUUGCUCCCAGUAAUUCCGCUUCGGCACCUGAAACUAAUGAUGGAGAUCGGGAAGUUGAUUUUUGUUGGCCACCGGCAAAUAUGGAUGCUCGUUGGUCCCAUGAACCUAGUCAAUCUGAAAAGGCGAAAAAAACAAUAUUACACCAGCCGCCAUCAUCAUACUCCCAGACGACGAAUGCUUCACGGAUGAUGUUUUUUGACCAACCGAUAAAGGUUCAUAAAUUUAUUGUAUUUGUUCAUAUUGUACAAGAUAGUGCCGUUAUUAAAAAAGUCGGAAGUUCGAGUUUCAUCAUCAACGAGAACAUAUGA